UGAGGAAGAAAGAGAUCUUUUAGGACUGGAAAUCAGUUGAUGACACCUAGUUACUGCGGAUUGUGCUGGAUAAACAUUGAAAUGCGCAUCUCACAAUAGAAGGAGCUAAAGGGCAAGAAGUCAUUCUUAGCUCAGUCCUUGACCUGGAGCUUGCUCCCUUCGUCCUUCAGCCUGGGAUUUGUUUUUCAGUAGAGACUUUGGCUCCUCUUCCUGACUGUAAGUCUGAAGAAGCACCAACGAUGGCCUUGUGGGGACCUGCCCCAGCCUGUGCCAUUCAAUCAUCUAGAGAAACCUCUACAAUCCGCCGCCAACACUCGCCCUGGAUUGAUAAACAGAGAUUGGGGCUUUGGAUCUUGGCAAUUCUAACAGUUCCCAUUCACUUCACAGCAGCCAAGGGUAAUAAACGAUUCUGGGGCCUCGAAAAUGAGGCUUUGAUUGUGAGAUGUCCAAAACAAGGAAGAUCCCUUUUCCCUGUGGAUUGGUAUUACUCCAAAACCAACCAAAGUAUUCCUACCCAGAAAAAAAGUCGUGUGUUUGCCUCAGGGGAAAGUCUUAAGUUUCUCCCAGCCAGCGUGGAUGAUUCUGGAGUUUACACUUGUAUUAUCAGAAGUAGUCCCACCUUGAAUAAGACUGGAUUUGCAAAUGUCACCAUAUAUAAAAAACAGCCAGAUUGCAAAAUCCCAGAUCAUUUAAUGUAUUCAACAGUAUCUGGAUCAGAAAAAAAUUCCAGAAUUUUUUGUCCGACAAUUGACCUCUACAAUUGGACAGCACCUGUGGAGUGGUUUAAGAAUUGUGAAGCUCUUCAGGGAUCAAGGUAUAGGACACACAAGUCAUUUUUGUUCAUUGACAAUGUAAGGAGUGAUGACGAAGGUGAUUACACCUGUAAAUUCAUACACACUGAAAAUGGAGUCAAUUACAGUGUGACGGCAACCAGAUCCUUCAUGGUUAAAGAUAAGCAAGGCUUUUCUAUGUUUCCGAUAAUUACAGCCCCUCCAAACUAUGAAAUAAAGGAAGUGGAAAUUGGAAAAACAGCCAACAUAACUUGCUCUGCUUGCUUCGGAAAAGGCACUCAGGAUUUGGCUGUUGUCUUGUGGAACAUCAACAGAACCAAAGUGAGGGACUUUGGUGAAGCCAGAAUUCAAGAGGAGAAAGGGCAAAAUCAAAGUUCUAGUAACGAGCUGACUUGUCUGAGCAUGGUUCUAAGAAUAACUGAUGUGAAGAAAGAGGAUUUGUCCUUGGAGUAUGACUGUCUGGCCCUGAACCUGCACGGAGUGAGAAAUCACACCCUAAGACUGAGAAGCAAAAAGCCAAUUGAUCAUCAAGGCAUCUACUAUGUAGUGGCAGGAUGUAGUAUCUUGUUAAUGCUAUUCAAUGUCUUGGUGAUAAUCCUGAAAGUAUUCUGGAUUGAGGUCAUUCUGCUCUGGAGAGACAUAGCUAGACCUUAUAAAACUAGGAAUGAUGGAAAGCUCUAUGAUGCUUACGUUAUCUAUCCGCGGAACUACAGAAGCAGUUCAGAGGGGGCCGAUUCUGUGGAGUACUUUGUUCACCAGGUUCUGCCUGAUGUUCUUGAAAAUCAGUGUGGAUACAACCUUUGCAUUUAUGGCAGAGAUCUGCUACCUGGAGAAGAUGCAGCCACCACUGUGGAAACCCACCUACGAAAGAGUAGGCGGCACAUGUUUAUCCUGACGCCUCACGUCACGCUCAGCAAGGAGUUUGCCUACGAGCAGGAGAUUGCCCUGCACAGCGCCCUCAUCCAGAACGACUCUAAGGUGAUCCUUAUAGAGAUGGGGGCUCCGGGAGAGACAGGUGGACUGCAGGUUGAGGGCCUUCAAGAUUCCCUCAAGCACCUUGUGAAAGUGCAGGGCACCAUCAAGUGGAGGGAAGAUCAUGCGGCCAACAAGCGGUCUCUGAAUUCCAGCUUCUGGAAGCAUGUGAGGUACCAGAUGCCUGUGCCAAUCAGACUCCCCGGCAAGCCUUCCACGGUGGCUUCCUGAGCGCCUUGGGGUACCCGUGCUCACUCUGAUGCACAGGCACAUCUAGAUGGCAGCUCUUCUGACCUCUGGGUUUCUCAAGUGUGAGGAGGAGGAAUGUCCAGGGUAGUCAGCCCUCAGGCUCCAGCUAGUAACUUUACUGCAAUUUUCCUAAUUCUGGUUGGACACAAACUAUGGGGAAAAGUUUACCGCCCCCCCCCCACUUGGUUUUAUUCUAUUAUGGUCUAGGAUUUUUUCCCCCCACAAUGCUUUUGAUUCUUUGUUUUCCAGUUCUUUAUCUCAUUCAUCAUCAGUAAUUUUGCAUGUCAAACUGGAAGUUUUAGAGCUAAAUUUUGGUGUUAUCUCAAGGAACACUCUUAAGAGCCGGGUAUAGUGGCACAUGCCUGUAAUAACAGACUCAGGAGACUGAGGUAGGAGGAUCACAAGUUUAAGGCCAUCCUGGGUAACUUAGCAAGGCUUCGUCUCAAAAUUAGAAAUAAAAAGGGCUGGGAAUGUAGAAUGGCAAUAAAGUGCCCGUGGUUUGAUCCCCAGUUCGGGGGGAAAAAAAAAAAGAAUAUUCUGAUCCUCAGGCAAAACAUCAGUAGUAAAUCUUUGUUCCCAUAA